UUGAUUAAUAAAAAUUAAGACACAACAUGCCGCUGCCAAAUUACACUGUCAGACUCAACAUGGCUAGCCUCAUCUUCUUCUUUCUCACCCUUUUCCUUUCCUUCUUCACAACUUUCUCCAUUGAUUCUUCAUGUCCUAUGGAUCUUUCCUAUGUCCAAACUUAUCCCUGGGACAAAUCUUUGUGCCUGCAGGAUCCUAAUGGAACCAACUGCUGCCAAAGUCUGCUCAGUCUUAUUGGUAUAGGACUUGCACAGUAUCUGAGAGACACCUCCAACUUUCAACUACAAAAUCAAAACGCUUCUUUCUCUUGCUUAACCAAUUUCCAAGAUAAACUCUCUGCUUUGUCAAUAGAUCCGGCUGUAGUCCCGCUUUGCUUCAAGAACUACACCCAGUUUGUCACCAACACUUCCAGUUGUGCCGGAAUCGAAACGAAAAAUGACUGGAUAGAGAAGGUGGGUCAGGUGACUUCAUUAAACAUGGCGUGCGAGAAUAUGACUGGGCUAACUCAGUGUAGCGCGUGUCUUGACGCUGGCAACACAGUGACUUCUCAGCUGGUGGGAUUAGCUCCAAAUUCGUCAAAAUGUUUUUACUUCACUGUUUUAUACGCUGCUGGGAUUCUUAAUGACCCCAAGGAUCCGAAUGCUGCUGCUUGCAUACUGGGGUUGCCUUUGGCUGCAAGCAAUCCAUCGAUGAGCCGGGAAAGCAUAAUCAAAUUAUCUUUCGCUUUAUUUGGUGCUGUUGCUGGUGUUCUAUUCUCUUGUGUAAUUAUCAUUGUGUACAGGAAGUGGGAUAAGAACAGGAAGAGAAAUGCUUUGCAUGAUGAAUUUGUUAACAGUUUUAGGGCCACCGUCUUGCCAAACUGUGGCGCAAAAUGGUUCCAUGUAUCAGAGCUUGAACGAGCCACAAAUGCGUUUUCUCAGAGAAACAUGAUAGGCCAAGGAGCAUCUGGGAUUGUUUACAAAGGAACUCUCUCUGAUGGAACUUUGGUUGCUGUGAAACAAAUCCUUGAUUUGGACUCCAAAGGCGAUGAAGAGUUCAUCAAUGAAGUUGAGAUCAUAAGCAAAAUAAGGCACAGAAAUCUUCUUUCUCUUCGAGGCUGCUGCCUCUCAAGCGAUUACUUGAGAGGUAAGAGAAGAUUUCUUGUUUACGAUUUCAUGUCUAAUGGCAGUCUCAGCGACCAUUUGUUCAAUAACCUCACCAGAAACCAAUUAACAUGGCCUCAACGCAAGAAAAUCAUCCUCGAUGUGGCUACAGGACUUGCAUACUUACACUAUGGACUCCAACCCGCCAUUUAUCACCGAGACAUCAAGGCCACCAACAUACUUUUAGACUCAGAACUCAAAGCAAGAGUUGCAGAUUUCGGACUAGCCAAGCAGAAUUUAGAAGGACAAUCUCAUCUCACCACAAGAGUCGCCGGCACACACGGCUAUUUAGCCCCCGAGUACGCCCUUUAUGGGCAGUUAACCGAGAAGAGCGACGUGUACAGCUUCGGGAUUGUGAUUUUAGAGAUAAUGAGCGGGAGAAAAGUACUGGACACAUCGAAUUCAUCGUUUCUUUUGAUCACAGACUGGGCUUGGACUCUUGCGAAAUCUGGAAAAGUGGAAGAAAUCUUUGACGAGUCAAUAAGAGAAGGAGGACCAAAAGGGGUGAUGGAGAGGUUUGUUCUUGUGGGGAUUCUUUGUGCACAUGUCAUGGUGGCGCUCAGGCCUACCAUUGCAGAAGCUUUGAAGAUGCUUGAAGGCGAUAUUGACAUUCCGAGAUUGCCAGAGAGGCCAUUGCCGCUUAGUCAUGAGUCGUAUAGAUCAUCUUUGUGGCAAAGUACGUCAACAAGUGGAAGAUCGAGAAACAGCUCCAGCUUAACGAGCACGAUGAUGUCUAUGUCUAGUGCAUAGUCAGCUGGUUUUGUAGCUUAAUUGCAACAAACACGGGAAAAUUACUAUUGGGUUCGAUAAGCUUUGAAAUUUGAAUUCAAACACAACGUUUUUACCACGUAAUUACGUUUCGUGUAGAAGAUGCAAUAGUUGAAAUUGAAAGCAGAGUGUGUAGCAUCCGUAUUCGUAAUUUUAUAUAUAAAUAAUAAUAUAUAUUUUUAAUUAGA